AGCUUCUAAUGCACACUGUGAGAAGCUCACGGGGAGGAGCCGUACACCAAUGCAAGACUGAAGGGGAGGAGCCGGUACACUUGUGCAAGACUGAAGGGGAGGAGCCGGUACACCUGUGCAAGACUGAAGGGGAGAAGCCGGUACACAUGUGCAAGACUGAAGGGGAGGAGCCGGUACACAUGUGCAAGACUGAAGGGGAGGAGACGGUACGCCUGUGCAAGACUGAAGGGGAGGAGGCGGUACGCCUGUGCAAGACUGGAGGGGAGGAGCCGGUACGCCUGUGCAAAACUGGAGGGGAGGAGCCGGUACGCCUGUGCAAAACUGAAGGGGAGGAGCCGGUACGCCUGUGCAAGACUGAAGGGGAGGAGCCGGUACGCCUGUGCAAGACUGAAGGAGAGGAGCCGGUACACCUGUGCAAGACUGAAGGGGAGGAGGCGGUACGCCUGUGCAAGACUGAAGGGGAGGAGCCGGUGUGCCUGUGCAAGACUGAAGGGGAGGAGCCGGUACGCCUGUGCAAGACU